AUGGCUGAUGCGUGUUCCAAGGAAUAUUAUUACACAUUUCAUCGGAUUACUUCUGAAUCGAUGCCCAAGUGUCUUAUGUGUUUCAUUCCGAGUGGAAAUUGCAUCCAAAGUUCAAGUCAGUUGUCCAAUCAGGGAGAUGCCCAACUAGCAAAGGUGAGUGUAAGGAUCCCGACAUCAACAGAUGGCACAACGGCAAUUCUGAAAAGCCAGAAACUCAAUCUGACAUCCACUGGCAACUCAAGUACUGGUGCUUUGCUGACGGUGACAAAGCUCUGGGCUGAUGAUAGCUUGACCUCCAAUUCCUCAUUACCCUUAGAACUGAGGAAAUCAAAGAAAUCUGGAAAAAAAAGUCACAUAAGCUACAUGUUAACAAUCUAUUACUUUGACCGUGAGGCAAUCACGUUGCAGAUCCACUUCUUCCACGACAGAUCUAACAAGAAACAACGGAGCCAAGAUUGGGAAAGACAGAGGGGAAAGGGACAUGGAGACUCACCACGACGACGGACGACAGGACAAUUGGCGAAGACACGGCCCUGGAGAGUGACGACGUGCUCUAGGACGAUGAAAAGCUUCCUAGAUACAGGUGCGUCUAGUGGGAUUGGAGCUGAAACAUGCUGGGUUCUUGCGUUGCGGGGCGUGCACGUCAUAAUGGGGGUGAGGAAUCCGUCUGCUGCUGAGCGUGUGAGGGAAGAUAUUCUGAGACAAGUUCCUACCGCGAAGAUUGAGAUCCUUGAGGUUGACCUUAGCUCGAUGUCAUCUGUGAGAAGAUUUGUUAACGAGUUUAAUGCGCUGGACCUCCCGCUGAACAUUCUUAUCUACAACAGCAUAUUAGCUUACGGCCAGUCCAAGCUUGCCAACAUACUGCAUUCUAGUGAAUUGUCUAGCCGCCUGAAGGUGGACAUGCUUUCUGUUGGUCGUCUUCCUUUUAUGGACUUGCUUUAUUGGAAACGGAAGGUGGAGGAAGUAGCUGGCGGAGGCAGAUGA